ACACUGAUGCGGAAGAGCUCAGUGUCGCCUGGAGUCCUCCUUGACGCAUGUUUUCUGCACUUUGAGCUUCUUCUCAAUCUAAAGACACUAAAGAUUCUCCGGUCCGUGUAACCUGACGGUGCAGGCAUGUCGUGCAGUGCGGACUCCGUGUUCCGGGCCGUGGAGGCGCCUCUCUUCUGGCUCGGAGCCGCCACAGCGGCCUGGUUGUCAGUGUGCUCGGUGUGCCGGCUGCUGACCGGGUUCAGGGUGUGGGUGCUGGGCAACGGGAGACUCGUGGCUCCCUCCAAGCUGGGCAAGUGGGCAGUUGUGACGGGGGCCACAGAUGGGAUUGGGAAAGCAUAUGCCGAGGAGCUUGCCCGCAGGGGCUUUGCUAUCGUGCUGAUCAGCCGCUCCCAGGAGAAGCUGGAUGAUGUAUCCAAGGCGAUUGCCAGUAAAUGUGGCGUGGAGACCAAAACGAUUGCCGCAGACUUCAGCGCCGUGGAUAUCUACUCCAAGAUUGAAGACGGACUCGCCGGACUGGAGAUUGGAGUCUUGGUAAACAAUGUUGGAAUGUCCUAUUCAUACCCUGAAUUCUUCCUCAACGUCCCCAAUAUUGACACAUUCAUUGACACUCUGGUCAACAUCAACAUAACAUCAGUGUGCCAGAUGACGCGUAUUGUGUUGCCUCAGAUGGUGGACAGGAAGAAGGGGGCCAUCCUCAAUAUCUCAUCUGCCAGUGGCAUGUACCCGGUUCCUCUCCUCACUAUCUAUUCUGCCUCCAAGGCAUUUGUGGACUUCUUCUCACGAGGAUUACAAGCUGAAUACAAGAGCAAAGGGAUCAUCAUCCAGAGUGUGUUACCAUUUUUCGUGACCACCAAGCUGAGUAAAAUCCGACGGCCUACUCUGGAUACGCCGAGUCCGGAGCGCUACGUCGCAGCCGAGCUCAACACCGUGGGCCUCCAGACGCAGACCAACGGCUACCUGCCCCACGCCAUCAUGGGUUGGGUGACUACAGCUCUGCUCCCAGCCAAGAUCCUCAACAGCUACGUGAUGGGGAUGGGUCUGUCCCAGCGCGCUCGUUACCUCAAGAAGCAGAAGCAGGGAUAGAUGGGCCGAUUAGAGGAGACAGAGGGGGACCAGCUCUGGUAAUGACCAACACCGCCGCCAUCAUCAUCAUCAUCAUCGUCAUCGUCACGGACCAAGCAGAGGGAGUGUGACGGCUGCCCUCCCACUGACACUCCCACUCACAAGCCACACCGAAUCCAGACAAAAAAAAAAAUGUGAACAGCUUUAAUGGAUGAGAAAGCUAAGAAUGAAACUUUCCCGCAAAACAUAAUCAAAAGCGCAGGCUACAGGAGGAGGUGGAACUGGCAGGUGUGAUUUGUGUGUGCGUCCUGUGGGUCUGUGGAUUAGCUUCAAGCUGUUUAGUUCAGUCAGAAACGAGCUUAAACAAUGACUUAUCACCGCCUCUUAGCUUAAUUGUGUUUUUGUUCAAUCAUUUGUUUGUGUUAUUAAUAGCUUCUUUUUUAAAAUUAUUUCUCUUUCUUUUUUUCAAAGCACACAGAUUCACACCUUUAUUCCAAGUACCAAAAAAAAAAAAACUAGCACUGAACUCCUGUUUGAUUAUUUUCAACUAUGUAUAUUUUUUUUAAGCAAUAAUUUCAACAAACUACAUUUCAUUGGAAAAAAAUGGGAGGAUUAGAUAAAUAGUUUGUCGACUAUUCCACUGUGUUUUGUUUACUUGCAAAGUUUAAAAAUUACUACUCAGUUUGGCCAUCUAACCUGUAAUUUCCGUUGAACAGAUUGAGUAAUAAUGAGUGAACGGUAAUGACUAAGUUAUUCCUUCGUGUUGUGUUUAACUGAAAUGAUCAAAAGAACUAAAUCCAUAAAAUGUUCCAUUGGAUGUUUUCCUAACAUUGUUUUGCAAAAAAACAAACAAACAAAAAAACUUUCAGUUUGAGUUUUGUCUGAUUUUUGAUUAAUUCUUUUUCUUGUCUCCGUGCUACUUUAAUCAUACAUUUGUGUAGGUGAGAACUCGGAAAGUUACCAGGUGGGAAAUUCCCGCUUCCCAGUUUUAACGGAAAGCGUCCAGCAGGUUUUUCCACUCUUGAUAAAUGACUCGGACAUACAAUUGACCUCAGAAAUGUGCAUAGUUGCAAAGUACUACUUGCAUCUCAUUUCCCAUUUCAUCUAAAGGAAAUUGUGAAAUUUUUCCCACUCUGGAAUCCAAACUUUCCCAUUUCUGAGCUGCUCAUGAGCAUAAAAUAUGAUGUUAAAAAAAGUCUCCUAGCAUUUCACUAACGCUGUUUAAAGUGUGCAGCUGAGUUCCUGAUUGUAAUGGCGUUUGUCUCUUUAAGGCUGCGACACUGAGAGCUCUGUGUGGUUUGAGUUAACCUGGAUAUCAUUGUUAUGUACUGAUUAUGGAGAGUUAUGGAGCAUUUGUCCUUCCAAUAAAUGUGCUUUUCAAAUAA